GCGGCAGAAGCGCGGCGUGUGCGCCGAGCCUCGCACACGGCGACGCCGCGCCGGUCUCGGAGGCGCAGGCCGCAGCGGCGUACGCGGGCGCGCUGGCGCUCGCGGCGCGGAACGUGCUGGCGGCGCAGGAGGCCUCGCCCGCUCUUGCGGCGGCCGCCGCCGCACCAGUGGCAGGUGUGGCGGGCGCCAGCCCGCCGCCCGCCUCGUGCAGCGGCCCGCCGCCCAACGCGGCGGCGGUGGAGCUCUGGAGGCCGAUUGCGCGGGCGCCAGCCUCCGGAGAGUUCGUGCGGUUCCGCACGCGCGGCCGCGGCGGGCUCUCGGACUUCCGUGUGGCUUUCUGCGUGGCCAGAGAAGAAGGAUCCUGCCCAGGGGGGCCUGGUCCUCACGCUGCGCGGCCUCGCUGCCGAGGGCAAGGGCGCCAAGAGCGCAGAGGAGCGGGUGGCCUUCGCGGAGCUCCUGCAGGUCUCCGUGCCGAAGGUCGGGAGGCCCGCGAAAGGCCCGCGCCCCGCCGCUGCAGGAACGGCGCCAGCCCCAACGCUGGCCGCCGGUUCACCUGAGGAGUCUGCGCCGCAGGCAGGGACGCCCCCGAAGGGCCUCCGCGCGGCCGUUGCUGGGGUGGCGCCGGCUGCCAUGCCGGCUGCCGGCUCAGCUGCCCCGCGAGAACCCACUGAUUCGCCGCAGGACGCCGAGUUGAAGAAGCUGACGGGCGGCGGUGCCGGCGCGAGGUGGCGCCCGAAGUGCAGCUCCGUCGGCGCCGAGGCUCUGCUGCUCGAGAAGCGCCUCUCGGCGGCUGCGCUCGGGCACGACAGGGUCGCAGAGGCUGUCCGAGGCCAGUUCGAGUUCUACCUCGGCCCCGACAACUACCCGAAGGAUGGCUUCCUGCAGUCGCAGGCGUAUUCCGGCGGGUGGAUCUCGCUGCGCUUGAUGGCCAAGUUCAACCGGGUGCGGGAGCUCACAGACGACCUCGCGGUCGUGCGCGGGAGCGUCGCUUCAUCCGCCGAAGUCGAGGUCUCGGAGUGUGGAGAGUAUGUGCGGAGGCGGCAUCCAGUGUAGAAAAGACACGGUAAACAGUUGAGCCAACCAAUUUGUUCGGAAAGCGUGCAAUUGGCCGAUUUGGUGCAUCGAGUUCUUGACAGCCCAGAUUGGAAUUCCUCGCUCGUUGAAACCCUAAUACGUCGGAUCGCAAUAAUGCGUGCAUCUCAUGAUGGCGGCAGUCAUGGGUAUUUGUUUCAAGCGAAGUGGACUCGGGGCUGGAAUUACGCGAGCAAGUUGCCUCGCCCCACGUCCCCGGCAUCCGACGUGGUGAGCAAGACGACGUC